UUGCUGCACGUCGACUCGUUUACGCGGGUCGCCUUUGCCGGCAACCCCGCCGCCGUCUGCCUGCUCGACGCGCCGGCCGACGCCACCUGGAUGGGCGCGGUCGCCGCGAACCAGAACCUGUCCGAGACCGCCUUCAUGUGGCCGACGGGCGCGAGCGAGGUGGAGGGCCUCGAGGGCGAGCCCGCCCGUGGCGAGACGUUUGAGCUGCGGUGGUUCACGCCGUCGGUCGAGGUGGACCUCUGCGGGCACGCGACCCUCGCCGCAGCGCACGCCCUCUUCUCGGCGCCCGGAGGGCGCGAGUCGCCCCUCCUCCGCUUCGGGACCCGCUCCGGAGAGCUCGUCGCCGCGCUGCGCGGCGAGGGCGGCCGCGGCCGCGGCUGCAUAGAGCUCGAGUUCCCGGCGUCGCCUCCCAGGCCGCUGCUCGACGGCGUCGGCCCCACCCGCGGCGAGGUCGCACUCGCUCUCGGGCUGCCAAUCGCGCGAGAUCGCGCGAGAUCGCCGCAGGUUGCGCUGCCCGACGCGGGCGCCGUCGCCGCCCUCGCGCCUGACCUGCACGCCGUCUCGCGCUGGCGCGUGGCUAGAGGGCCGUACCGGGGACUCAUCGUCACCGCCGCCGGCUCCGGCUCAGAGGCCGACUUUGUCUCGCGCUUCUUCGGGCCCGCUGUCGGGAUCCCGGAGGACCCGGUGACGGGCUCGGCGCACUGCACGCUGGCGCCCUACUGG